AUGCCGAACACCCUGACGUCUCGGUUCUGUUUGCUGCUUUUUGUGGUCGUUUUCCGGCUCUCUACAGCAGCCGAGGUCUCGGUUUGGACCGUGGGCAUCACCGGGGGCCAAGAUGCAGUGUUUCGCAAGACACUAUAUGCCAACACCACUAUCUACAUGAAAUUCCAAGGAGACGUGACAUCAUGUGACAAGAACCUGGCUUUUAACAUCACCUGGUACCUGCGCUCAUCUGUCUGCUACAAUGAGGUCUUCAAUACUCCUGACCAGAGGGCCAUGAACAUGCUUGGGAUGGACCAUAUGCUAAAAGAUGGCUGGAACGGUUUCUACAGUCAGGGCUAUAUGUAUUUUGAGAACUGCACCUCCCUUUUCUUACCAAAGGGUUAUUAUAGUGAAUUCUUCCCAUACCAGCCCCUUAUUGCCCCAGAUAGUCCUGCUUCAAAUCUGAGUUUUAAUUUUCAAGACAAGCCUGACAUAUGUGCUGUGGCAAAAGCCUGGAAGGACAGCCCCUAUCUGUUCAUUGUGAGGGUGCAGCCAAUGUUUCGUGGCUUGUAUGAAGAUGAUUUUCUGACACAGCAAAACGUGGCUUUUACAAUGAAAGUCGAAAUGAAGGGUCCUCAUGACUAUUCGUCUCCAGCCGACUGGCCUCUUAUGAUGUUUUUCAUGGUGAUGUGCAUUGUGUAUGUGUUCUUUGGAGCACUGUGGCUUGUGUGGUGCGCCUGCUACUGGAGAGACCUGCUCAGGAUCCAGUUCUGGAUCGGGGCUGUUAUCAUUCUGGGCAUGUUAGAGAAGGCUGUGUUCUACUCAGAGUACCAGAGCAUCCGAUACAAAGGAGAUUAUGUCCAAGGAGCAGUGAUCUUUGCUGAGCUGCUCUCCGCGUUGAAAAGAUCUCUCGCUCGGAUUCUGGUGCUCAUUGUCAGCCUUGGCUAUGGAAUUGUCAAGCCAAGGUUGGGCACCACUGUGCAUCGCUUGGUGGCCGUGGGCCUUCUGUACCUGAUCUUCUCCUCUGUGGAGGGUGUGCUCAGAGUUACAGGGAGUUUCUAUGGAACUGUUGCCCUGGUGGCUAAUCUUAGCCUCUCCCUCAUCGACUCCUGUGUCAUGUGGUGGAUUUUCAUCAGCCUGUCUCAAACCACUCGGCUCCUCAAGCUUCGCAGGAAUGUCGUAAAACUGGCUUUAUACCAGCAUUUUACAAAUACGCUUAUCUUUUCUGUGGUUGCCUCUAUUAUUUUCAUCAUCUGGACCACCAAAGUCUUCAAGGUGGUCGAAUGCCAGACGGGCUGGAGGGACUUGUGGGUAGAUGAUGCGUUCUGGCGACUUCUCUUCUCCACUAUUUUGCUGGUCAUUAUGGUGCUGCUGAGGCCCUCUGUGAACAGCCAGAGGUUUUCUCAUUCUCCUCUUAUUGACGAAGAGGAUGAAGAGGAAGAAGCCAAGGAGCCUAUGCUAAAUGAGGCUUUUGAAGGAAUGAAGAUGAGAGGCUCCAAGCCCGAUGCCAACGGUUCUCAGAAACUACUGAGUAAAGAGGACGAGGACCUUAAAUGGGUUGAAGAGAACAUUCCCACAACUGUUGCAGAUGUAGCUCUCCCUGUUAUUCUCGAUGAAGAAGAGGAAAUCCUCAAGACAAAGAUGGAGCGUUCCAAGAUGGAGUAA